AUGAGCUCCGUUCGAAGGGGGAUAAUUCGGGCUUACCGGAGCUUAACCAAUGAAGAAGAAAUAGAAGAUUUUUGUAGAUCAACCCACGACGAACAUCGAUGCACUGAUGAAGGAUACACGGACGAGGAUAGCUGGCAGGCGACUGCCACUUCAUUUUCCGACUCAAGGCUGUUGUCAGGGAUGUCGAUGAACUCGGUGCAAGAGUGCGAAGAGCUUGCAUAUCGACUACUAGCCUCUUUGCCGAGGUCUCCCCCGUUGCUACAGUUCGAUGUAGUUGCCUUGUUAACCUGUGCUCUAGUCUGUCGACGUUGGCAAACACUAGCCAACGACCAAUCUCUAUGGAAGAAUCUGUGUGGCGGACAACCACCGAGAGCUCACGCUUUCGAUGCGCCCAAGCGUUCUGAGGCCUGGCAGGAUUCCGAUGAUGAGGGUAUGGGUGACUCGGAUGAGGAAGCCGAUGAAGACGAAGUGGCGGAUUCGUUGAUGUCAGACGUAGAAACGUCUCGUGUGGAAUCAUCGAUGAUGCUUACAGAGUCGGAUUCUGGCUUUGCUUCGAUGUCUUCCCAUGACAAUGCGCUUUCAUUUGAAGCCUCCACAGAGCGCUCAUCCUCCGGGCCGGCGGCAGGCUCAUCUACAAAGGUCCGCCACUCCGCGCCGCCCGUUCUGAAUACUCUCGGGCCAUCUUCAUUCUUGAAAGCAGACUACAAACUGCUCCACCAGACUCACGUUCGACUUCACAACCGUGUUUUAUCCCCAUCAUACCGGCUCUCUGCCUUGCAAACACGCGGGGCGCCUACAAAUGCCCAUACCAACACUAUUUACUGUUUACAGCUCUAUACUUACCCCACCACCGGCGUCCAAGUGCUGUUCACCGGGUCUCGGGACAAGACUGUCCGAGAAUGGAACUUAUCCACAGGUUUGGUAGAAAGAGUUGUCGGCGAGGUUCAUUCGAGUUCUGUGCUCAGUAUCUGCGUAUAUAAUGGCCUCCUUGCCAGCGCCGGAAGCGACCGCAGAGUGGUCGUGUGGGAUCUAGAGAAGAACGAGUUAGUCAAAGUCAUCUCUGACCACGAAGACAGCGUGCUGUGUGUACGCUUCGACAAUGAACGUCUCGUUUCAUGUUCUAAAGACCGUUACGUGAGGACAUAUAGCUUCCCGGACCUUGAACCAGAAUACAGACUUGGUGCCCAUCGAGCUGCAGUUAACGCAGUUUCCAUUUCUCCGACUCUUAUCGUUUCAGGAUCUGGAGAUCGUUCCGUACGACUCUGGGAUACGAAAACGGGCGGCCUUUUGCGGACGUUCGAGAAUCACCACACUCGAGGGAUUGCUUCAAUCGACUUCAAACUGCCGUAUGUAUUAUCAGGAUCUUCGGAUAAACACCUUCGUCUGUUCGAUAUUACGACUUUGCAAGGAUGGUCUACUUCGCCUGAUCGUCAUUUUCCUCUAGCGAAUGGCCUGGCGGGAGGUCACGUUUGCCGGACCUGUGGGAGUACGAACAUCCAACCGGCAGCGGCGGCUUCGUCUCAUGUAGAAACAAGAUGCAUGCAUGGAGACUUGGUAAGGAGCGUAGCACUAGGAGAUGACUUUGUAAUGAGUGGAAGCUAUGACUUGACUAUCAAGGUACGCGACAGGUCUGGGAUCCGUAAAACCGGUGCCCUGGUGGCUGAUCUCAGCGGAGGACACACCGGACGGAUAUUCUGCAUCGGUUUCGACUGCACGAAGAUCGUUUCCUGUGGCGAAGAUCAGCGGAUUUGUAUAUGGGACUUUUCGCAUGGGAUAGAUACGAGUUUUAUACAGCUCUAAAGUUACUAUUACGGACAUGGAUUUUAUGUUAGGGACAUGCGAAACGUAGGAAUAUACUGAUACUUGUGUAGAUGCUUAGCAACAUGAGAUCUCUCGUCAUCAGUUGGAACCGUUCAAGCCUCACGGAUCGACAGAGAAGUCUGGGCAAGAUAUAUAAUAAGCGU